CUCUCUCUCUCUCUCUCUCUCUCCUUAUAUUUCCUCUUCUUCACCGCUCUCUUUCUAUUUAUUAUUAUAAGUCACAUAAUCAACACUUGUAGGAACGCUGGAUAAAUGCAGCGCAGUUGGCUGAGGAGGAUCAUCAUCUGUCGCCCAAUCAAAUACCAGCGUUUCACGCGCGAGAGGAAGACGUCAUCGGCGUCAGACGUCUGUGUUUCGUCGCUCCUUCCUGAAAAAAGUGUCAGCGUUUCCUCGUGCCUGGAUAAAUGUUGUAUAUAAUAUAUACGUAUAUGCAUAUAAAUGUCAGAACAUGUAUAUAUGUAUGUACAUACAUAUUUAAUGCGCAUGCUCUAUAGACCCGCUUAAAGUACCGCUACAGAAGCGUGACAGGAAUUCUGCGGCUCUUCUAUUCGGUACGGUACGGUAUAAGUGGGCGUGUUUUCGCCGAUUCUCGGCCACGCCCCCUCAGCUGCAGUGAGAAGGACGUCCUGGUCGGAGAGCAGGAAAAACAAGAAGCGGCCGAGUGCAGUGAAGGGGGUCCCAUUGAAUUCCAGGGUGUCUGUUGAGAAACAAGGAGAGGGAUCAUGUCACCCAGUAAGCAGAUUCGAGUGCUGGUCCUCAAUGACAUGGAGAGACUUGACAGGACCCUCUUCCGUUUGGAACAAGGGUUUGAGUUGCAGUUCCGGCUGGGUCCCACUCUCCAGGGGAAGCAUGUGCACGUUCACAUCAACUAUCCAGCUGUGGGCAAGCGCUUUGAUCGACACCACUUUCGUACGCUUGAUUGGGUCAACCCCACUGGCAGAGAGGACGAUUCAGACAAGUUCUGCUCCCUCGACCUGCAGAUCGCCGGCUCUUACCAGUAUUACUUCGGUCAUGGAGAGGAGGAGAAAAGCGGUGGUGGAUAUAUAGUGGUGGACCCAGUGCUGCGCGUAGGAGCUGAUAACCAUGUCUUGCCAUUAGACUGCGUCUGCAUCCAGACCUACCUGGCUAAAUGUCUGGGGCCCUUGGACGAGUGGCUUGACCGGCUCAGGGUGUCCAAAGAGACGGGUUAUAAUAUGAUCCACUUCACGCCGCUGCAGACUCUGGGCGAGUCUCGUUCCUGUUACUCUUUGGCUGACCAGCUGGAGGUGAACCCGGACUUUUCUCCUCCGGGGCAGAGCUACACUUGGACCGAAGUGGGCAACCUGGUGGAGAAGAUGAAGAAAGAGUGGAAUAUGCUGUGCAUAACUGAUGUGGUCUACAACCACACAGCUGCUAACAGCGCCUGGAUAAAGAAGCAUCCAGAAUGCGGCUACAACCUGCUGAACUCUCCCCACCUGCGGCCCGCCUGGGUGCUGGACAGGGCGCUGUGGCAUGUGACCUGUGACAUCGCAGAUGGAAAGUACGCUGAGCGAGGCGUCCCAGCACUCGUGCAGAGCGAGCACCACCUCAAUGCCAUCCGAGGAAUCUUCUGGCAGGACGUGUUUCCCAAGCUUAAGCUGUGGGAAUUUUUCCAGAUCAAGGUUGAGCCUCUAGUGGAGCAGUUCCGGACUUUGCUCCAGACAGGGGCCAAACCUGACAGGAGUAAAACAGACGGCAAGAAGCAGCUGAAGAUCAUCCAGGACCCUCAGUACAGACGCUUUGGAAGCACAGUGGACAUGAAUGCAGCCCUGGAGAUCUUUGUGCCCAGUGGAAACAGUCCAGGGGCCAUUGAGGAUUGCUGUAACUGGCUCAGGAAGAGGCUGGAGGAACUGAACGCAGAACAGUACAAAGAGGUCAACUAUCAUCAGGAACAGGCUACUAACUGUAGCCUUGGUACAGUGUCUUAUGAGCGCUUGGCUGGUCAUGGUCCCAAGCUUGGCCCUGUCACCAGAAAGCACCCUCUGCUCACAAGGUAUUUCACUUUCCCAUUUAAAGAGUCGACUCUGGAGCAGGACCUGCCACUCAUGGACCAACCAAACAAAGCGUGUCAUUUCCUGGCCCACAACGGCUGGGUGAUGGGGGACGAUCCACUGAGGAACUUUGCAGAACCAGGCUCUAACGUGUACAUCAGGAGAGAGCUGAUCUGCUGGGGCGACAGUGUGAAGCUUCGCUAUGGUAACGGCCCGGAAGACUGCCCAUACCUGUGGGCCCACAUGCAGAAAUACACGGAGAUCACAGCCAAAUACUUUGCAGGCGUUCGUCUAGACAACUGCCACUCAACCCCGCUACAUGUAGCCGAGGCCAUGCUGGCUGCGGCCAGGGCGGUCAGGCCCAAUCUGUAUGUGAUAGCUGAGCUGUUUACGGGCAGCGAGCUGAUUGACAAUGUGUUUGUAAACCGGCUGGGAAUAAGCAGUCUGAUCAGAGAGGCGAUGAGCGCGGGGGACAGUCAUGAAGAAGGCCGCUUGGUGUACCGUUAUGGAGGAGAGCCUGUGGGAGCUUUCCUGCAGCCCAGCAUGCGGCCACUGGUGCCCAGCAUCGCACACGCCAUGUUCCUGGACGUUACCCAUGACAACGAGUGUCCCAUUCAGAUCCGCUCAGCGUUUGACUCUCUGCCCAGUUCUGCUAUCGUCUCCAUGGCCUGCUGUGCCACAGGCAGCACUCGAGGAUAUGACGAGCUCGUUCCUCAUCAGAUCUCAGUGGUGUCAGAGGAGCGUUUCUAUCAGAAGUGGAACCCUCAGGCUAAGCCCUCCACUCCUGGAGAGGUCAGCCUGCAGUCGGGCAUCAUCUUUGGCAAACUGGCUCUAAACCGCCUGCACCAGGAGCUCGCAGCCAAAGGCUUCAACCAGGUGUAUGUGGAUCAGGUGGAUGUGGAUAUAGUUGCAGUGACCCGUCACUGUCCCAGCUCGCACCAGUCUGUAGUGGCUGUGUGUCGCACUGCCUUCAAAAACCCCAAACAGCAUAAGUACUCAGACGAGGUUCCACCCAUGUUCAUCCCAGGUAAGAUAGAGGAGGUGGUGCUGGAGGCUCGUACAGUGGAGAGGCAGGCAGGCUCCUACAGGAAAGAUGAGAAGAGCAUUAAUGGCCUGCCCGGUUUCACAGUGGAGAUUAAAGAGCACAUCCAGCUGAAGGACAGCAGGGUGGUGAAGCAGGCCGGGGUGACGUCCCGAGGCCGCAGUGAGUUUGUGCAGGAGAUCGUGUUUGAGCGCCUCACGCCUGGCAGUGUGAUCGCUUUCAGGGUGAGUUUGGACCCCAAGGCUCAGGAGCUUGUGGGAGUUUUGAGAAACCAUCUCAUUCAGUUCAACCCUCACUACGCAGCGGGCAGCGUGCCGGACAAGAACGCCCCAGAAAUCCUGAAAACCCCACUGACACAGAUCAUGGAGAAGCUGACGCUGGCUGAUAUGAACGUGCUGUUGUUCCGCUGCGAUUCAGAGGAGAAGGAAGAUGGAGGAGGCUGUUACGGCAUCCCUGGCUGGACAACCCUGAAGUAUGGCGGCUUGCAAGGUCUGCUGUCAGUGAUGGCUGACAUUCGGCCUAAAAAUGACCUGGGCCACCCGUUCUGCGAUAACCUGAGGCAGGGUGACUGGAUGAUCGAUUAUGUGAGUAACCGGCUGGCGUCCCGCGGAGGAACACUCGGAGAGGUUGGUCAGUGGUUCCAGGCCAUGUUUGGCUACCUCAAACACAUCCCUCGCUACCUCAUCCCCUGCUACUUUGAUGCCAUUCUGGUUGGGGCCUACACCACUGCCCUCGACGCCACCUUCAAACUAAUGUCUAGUUUUGUGCAGGAAGGCUCCUCUUUCGUGCGGUCUUUGGCUCUGGGCUCAGUGCAGAUGUGUGGAGUGGGUCGUUUCCCCGCUCUGCCUCCUCUCUCUCCUGCGCUCACCGACGUUCCUUACAGAUUCAACACCAUCACCAACCAGCAGGAGCAGUGCUGUGUGUCCAUGGCAGCAGGUUUACCUCAUUUCUCCGCUGGAAUUUUCCGCUGCUGGGGCAGAGACACGUUCAUCGCCCUGCGGGGCCUCCUGCUGGUCACUGGCCGUCACAUGGAGGCCAGGAACAUUAUCCUGUCGUUUGCUGGUACUCUAAGGCACGGGCUGAUCCCUAACCUGUUGGGUGAGGGAGUAUCUGCCCGCUAUAACUGUCGUGAUGCUGUGUGGUGGUGGCUGCAGUGUAUUCAGGACUACUGCAACAUGGUGCCCAACGGAACCAACAUCCUACAGUGUCCCGUCUCCAGGAUGUACCCCACAGACGACUCACAGCCACAGGCUCCAGGCACAGUGGAUCAGCCUCUGUGUGAUGUGAUUCAUGAAGCUCUGCAGCGUCACAUGCAGGGGAUUGAGUUCAGGGAGAGAAACGCUGGCCCGCAAAUCGACCGCAACAUGAGAGAUGAAGGCUUCAACAUUGUGGCCAAAGUGAACCCAGACACCGGCUUUGUUUAUGGAGGCAAUCGCUUCAACUGCGGGACCUGGAUGGAUAAAAUGGGAGAAAGUGAAAGGGCACGCAACAAAGGAAUUCCCGCUACACCCAGGGACGGCUCUGCGGUGGAGAUUGUGGCCCUGUGUAAGUCUGCAGUGCGCUGGCUGGUGGAGCUCCAUAAGCAGGGUCUUUUCCCCUACACCAGCGUAAACAUCCACAGAGACGAUUCAAAGCUCACUCUGUCCUACGAAGACUGGAACAGACACAUCCAGAACAACUUUGAGAAAAUGUUCUACGUGUCUCAGGACCCCAGCGACCCCAAUGAGAAACACCCCGAGCUGGUCCAUAAGAGGGGCAUCUAUAAAGACAGCUUUGGAGCCUCCAGCCCCUGGUGCGAUUAUCAGCUCCGCCCCAACUUCACCAUCGCCAUGGUGGUGGCUCCAGAGCUGUUCACUGUUGAAAGGGCCUGGGAGGCUCUGAAUAUCGCUGAGAAAAAGCUGCUCGGGCCUCUCGGAAUGAAGACGCUGGAUCCAGAUGACAUGGUUUACUGCGGCGUUUAUGACAACUCGCUUGACAACGACGACUACAACCUAGCCAAAGGCUUCAACUACCACCAAGGCCCUGAGUGGCUCUGGCCAGUUGGCUACUUCCUACGUGCCAAGUUAUACUUUGCCAAGAAAGUUGGGAAGGAAACUUACGACAAGACGGUGUAUUUAGUGAAGAACGUCCUCUCUCGUCAUUACGUGCACUUGGAAAGGUCCCCUUGGAAAGGUCUGCCAGAACUGACCAAUGAAAACGCUCAGUACUGUUCCUUCAGCUGUGAGACGCAGGCUUGGUCCAUUGCUACUAUCCUCGAGGUCCUCAACGAUCUGUGAGCUUUCAGAAGCUGACCGCCUGCCUCGAGUCUUCCUGAAUGCUUUCCUCCAGUUGCACCUUAGCUUCUUGGAGGCAGUAGAAACAGUAUGCACUGAGUUGGCAGUUUAUUAGGUAGGCCUGCCUUGUGCUACAGUCUUUGGCCAUUUUAUCAGAAACGCCUACUAAAUAGGUGCACUUUGUAGGUUUACAGUUGCAGACUAGACUGUAGCUCAUCAGCCCCCUCCUGCCCUGUUUAGUGGAAGAGGACCACCACUGACCACAUGUUUGAGUGGUGGAUCAUUCUCAUAUGUAUAUCUACAAAGUGCUAACUGAUGAAGUGGCCAGUGAGUGUAGGUACAAGGUAGGUGUACCUAAUAAACUAACAGCUGUGUGUGUGGUAUAGUAUGUGCACUGUAUGGUACGAAAGGUUACACAAACCUGUGCUCUGCCAGUAUAAUUAGGAUGUCUAAUCCUCGGUCUAACCCACUUCACGUAUCGCAAACACGAGCUCACAAAGUAGCUGCCCCUGAAUCCUAGACCCCGUUCACACCUGCUCGUUUCAACUGGCCAGUAUCUGGAUUUAAUCCCAAUUAGAUUUUAACCACAUGCAUUUGGGCUUGGAAAUCAGGUGCGUUUCCGGUUAGAUUAAAAACCGCUUGCUUUUUGGCAUGUAGUGUGCAAUCCUGCUCAUAUCUAGCUGUAUGCAAAUGUUUUGUUGAUUUUUUUUAAGUGGAAAGUACACAUCCACUACAGAGAACUUACAUUUUAAUGCAAAAUUACUCUUUAUUUGAUGAAAUCCACAUAGUGGGAAGGGGGUGAAACAUAAAAUGUGGCCUGGGCAAAAGUUAUGGCACAUUUUGUAUUUAAUGUUGUUUUUUCAACAUGUUAAAUUCAUCAAAUAAAUAGAAAUUUCGCUCUAAAAUUUUCAGACAAAUUCUAUAUUUCAGUUUGUUCUCUGUACAUGAUGUGUUAAUGUAAUUUAGCCAGGGGUGUUCAAACUUGUGCAUACGUACAUCAGUCAGCCUGUGGCUCAUUUUUCCUGUUCUAUUCAAAAGAUGGUUGUAAAUUCUUUGCACUGAUGUUUACAAGAAGACGGCUGAUUAGGAUUAUUAUCUUACUGUACUAGUCAUCACUGUCAUGAGCCGCACGCAUUAAACCGCAGUGUAUUGUAGCAAGACGCUGAAUAACGAUGAGGUGACAUAAAGAUUAAUCAACUAGCACUUUAUUUAAACUGGCUUUGGCCGCUGACGGCUACUGAAUUAACCUCAGGAGCUGAACUGAAGGGUCAGCGAUGCCUCUGUUUAGCAGUGGCAGUCCAGUGGGCAUUUUCUCCCUUAUGCAGAACAGCAGAGGGAGUUGUCACUGUGUUGGGAGGAGUUUUGGUUGUCGAAUGCGUUUACACUUGUAUAACAUCUGGCUAAAUGCGUCUCAAAGCUUCUGAUAUGGUUUGAGAGAUCAGAUUUAAAUGUGUUUUGAAUGCUCAUUGGGUGCAUUUACACCUGCGUUAUGUGGAUUAUCUCAGUCUGGAUGUAAUCCUGAUACUCACGAUGCAUGAAACUGCUAGGUGUAAACGGGGUAUUAGUUAAGGCUCACUUUAAAUGGAAAUUCCAGAGUUUUUGCCGAAUUUCUGCUUAAUAAAAUUGCUGAGAUGUAAGCAAAGUCAUUCACGGUGAUGGUUUGUUGUAGAGAAACUGACUGACUCCGAUUUCUUACAGUGGUGGUGAUAGGAACCAGGGGUCACCAUGUCUACGACACAAAUAUAGCCGUUUUAUUUACCAUCCAAAACUACCAGUGAACCUAUAUGAGUCUAUAUGAGUUUUUAUAUGUAAUGAUGAUGAUGAUGAUGAUAAAAUAGUGGUAAAACUGGAAAAAAAAAGUUUUUUGCCUUACACCACCCUGCAUGUAUUCCUUCACCAUGAAUGUAUUAUAACAACUAUGUUUUAGCUCAAAACCUUCUCAAAACUAUCGUAAAACAGUGUCUCAGACAUCAGACAGAGAAUUCAUAACCAUUUCAUGUAGUAACUUUCUGUGAGGGAGCUUUUAGAGGUGGACGUCUGGUUCCUAUCACCACCACUGUGAACAGUUCUGACUCGGUAAGUUUCUCUAGAACAGAGCGUUUCACACCAAACCACUCUGAAUGACUCUGUUUACAUCUUAACCAUUUAAUUAAGCAGAUUUUUUUGAAAAAUCUGUGGAGUUUCCCUUUAAUACAGAAAGCCCUCUAAGUAAUUGGAUUGAUUGCUGUAGUCUUGCUGCUGUUUGUGUAGCUGUGUGUUUUGUGGUUUUUGGUCGCGUUCAGCCUUUCACUGUGUUUACUUUUGAAAACGCCGGUUGUCUUCCGUCACCUGCUGUAGUGUCUCUCACAUGUGAAUGUUAAAACUUGAUUAAAGUUACAUAGAGUUGUGUAAUUAAAACACACUGGAGGCUUAGAAAUAAACAGAGAGAUCCAGAAAGUGUCAGUGUGGUUUAAUUAGAUUUAUUAACCAUUUUUCCAUUCAGACGUUCCUCAGAUACCAACUACAUGCAGUCUUGCUUCAGACACUGAGAUACUCUGUUUAUCUAGAACAAUUUAAAAGUUUUAAAGUAAAUAUUUCCUUUAGAUAUUUCUGGUAUUUAUGGCUUUGGGUCGGUCCUUCCCGGUUCACUUCCAUUUACAGUAAUAAAGUGUUAUCAUGUUGUUUA